GUUACAUAUAUUGUGUUUAUUAGUGGUUUAUGAACUAUGUGAUUCGUAUUUAAAAUUAUAAUAAUGAUUAGAGUUGUAUUAUACUCAAUAAACAAAAUCGUAUGGUAAUCAAGUAAUAGAAAACAAUAUGAAGCAGCUAAACUUGCUUUUAAUUUUCAAAAUUCGGUUUCAGAACUCACCGAAAAUUUCAGUUAAACAAGUUUUUUUUUCAGGUUUUAUUUCUCACGAAAUCUACAAUUUCGUUUUGACAUUUUAAUUUGUUUUCUGUUCUGUUGUGCGUUGAGGUUGAAGGAUUGAAUGGGCCGGCGCGUAGGAGUUCAGGCAGAGAAAUGGCCCAAAGGCCCAGACUUGUCCACAAAAGUCCAAAUUGGACAAAGAAGUCUGUCUUUUGUAAAUUGUAAAGGUUUCGGCAGCUGAGAGCCCAUUCAUAUGUCAUCAUCAUCUCCCAGAUUCAGUUGACUGAUCAAAUCUGUCCGGCGGAAAAUGCUACAUCGCCUCCGGCAUUGAAAGAGCAAAACAGAACCGCCAGAGGGGAAGGCAACGACGAUGUCGCCGCCGGCUUCCUCACGGUGGCGCACGACGGUUUCCGUUAUCGUCCUGUCUUUCCUCUUCAUCUCGCCGGCCACAGCCAUCUACUGCGAUGAAGACGAUUGCUACGAUCUACUCGGGGUCACUCAGAGCGCCACCGUAUCGGAAAUCAAGAAGGCGUACUACAAGCUCUCGCUCAAACAUCACCCGGAUAAGAACCCGGAUCCGGAAUCGAAGAAGCUCUUCGUGAAAGUCGCAAAUGCCUAUGAGAUUCUGAAAGAUGAAGCUACAAGGGAGCAGUAUGAUUAUGCAAUUGCACAUCCAGAGGAGGUAUUCUACAAUACUGCUCGGUACUAUCAAGCGUAUUACGGUCACAAAACGGAUCCUCGCAUAGUCCUGGUUGGGCUUCUUCUACUGCUCUCAGGGUUUCAGUAUCUGAAUCAGAUGUCUAGGUACCAGCAGGCAGUUGAGAUGGUGAAGAAGACACCCGCUUAUAAGAACAAGCUACGAGCUUUGGAACUUGAACGUAAUGGUGGGCUUUCAUCUAAGAAGAAGAAUAACAGGCAAAUGGACAAAAAAGUAGAGGAAGAUCUCAGCAAUGAACUUCAGCUGGACAUAAAAGGUGCUCAUCAACCCUGCAUCUGGGAACUUUUCGGCGUCCAAUUUGUUCUGCUACCUUACACUCUUGGGAAGUUGUUGUUGUGGAAUGGCUGCUGGUUAUGGAGAUACAAGUUGAAGAAAGCUCCCUAUGCUUGGGAAGAUGCCUCCUAUCUAACUCGUAGGUCACUGAGAGUGCCUCUUGAACAAUGGGAAAACAUCGAUGAAUCGACGAAGGAAGAUCUUGUUCAACGACGUCUGUGGGAGAAGUCGAACUUCGAGAGCUACGUAGCUGAAAUGCGUAAAGACUCGAAGCGCAGGAGAUAAAAAUCGAUGUUCUUGUAGCUUGCCCAUCUUACUUAUCUCUUCCAGAGAAGGAGGGACUGGCAAACCAACUGAUGACACAAAUUUUUGGUAGUCAGAUACGGUAUACAUAUACAUGAAGCAAUUCUGUAGCAAAGAUACAGCUGAAUGAUUCAAUUUGUAUUGCUGCGGCAACUUCAGGUUCUUUCAUUACUAUGUCUGCAAGGGAUUCUGGACCCAAAACUAUAUAGAAAGUAGAAUGUGAAACCAAUGAGUUGAAGUUUAUGUUAGUGGAUAACGUUAUUUAGUGCUCAAUUAUCACUCUUGAUGAACUUGUUGCGGAUGUUUUUUUUUUUUUUUUUUUUGCCUCAGUAAUGACAAAUUGGAGAAUUACAAGGAUUUAUACGAUUGUGAAAUGUUGCUACACUUAGUUUAUGUUCAAUUGUCACGAUAGUUAAGCCAUGGGAGUUAACACUUUGUGACGUUGCUAUGUGGUAUUUAUUGUUGUCUUCUUGAUGCAGUUCUCAUUCCUUGGUUCACUGGAUGAGAAAUGGAUAACUGAGCUGGCAACCUCUUUGUCAUCAGGAGCCUGAGAACGAAAAGAAACAUUCCGUCUUGGUGUUUCUCAAAUAAUAUGACCUACAGUGGAAGAGAUGUCAGAUGUUUGAUACGGGAUAGAUUUGGAUAGCUCCCUUUUCUUGGCGGGAGUAGACCAGGUUUCUCUUUUCAUGGCGAGAAUGGCCAGGGGUUUCUUAAUUCUGAAAUUGCUUACCUAUUAUCCAUUACGUUCUCAACUUAAAUACACAAAAACUGGAAUUGAAAAGGCCUAUCUAAGUGGAGCUAAUCCCACGUCUAUCUAUGCUAACCAACUAACCAUAAGAUGCUAAACCCACUCCACCUAUUAUGCAAAACACUCCUAAAUACUCUAACAAAUACAUGACUCUUAACAACCAUUCUUACCCACUAACACUACUAACCAGAACUAUCAAUUAAGUCCAAACCCUACAACAAUAAUCUUGAUACGAGGCUUUAUUAUGGGUUUAUCAAUGUUCUUUGGAGGUAUUGAGAAGUAGAUCGUGGCUAAACUAUAUAGCGCUGUCGAAAAGCCGAUGCUCGUCCAUUCUUCAUGAUCAAGACCUGAUGUUUUGUCCUAUUAUUCGCUAUCUGUCAACCGCUAAAUAAUCAAAACCACAUCCCUGCUAUUCGCAUUUCGCAGUAGUUGAUUGUCAGUGCAGUGGUCAGCCAGCCACACUCCCUCAAAACGACGACGUUUUGGUGAAUCCCUUCUUCACAUCAGCUCUCUUCUUGUCUCCCGAUCAACUCAUCAUCUCCACUACUCAUUCAUUCAGAGUGUUUAUGUGAACUUCUGUUUCGUGAACUUUGUGUUCCAAACUUUCAAUGAAGUUGUGCUUCUAAAUGCUAUAAACUUGUGUCGUUUUCCUUCUAGAAAAUCUUGACAUAUUUUACUUGUUGUUGUUGACAGCUUACUAAAUUAUAAAUUAAUCAUUUGAAAUUGAGUCUAAGUAAGAAAGUGUUGUCGAAUUGUUAUAAUCGAUUAAAACAUUUAGGCAACAUCUAAGCACUAGAUAUGACCCCAACAAGCUGACUAGCACUUUCUUGAACCUUGAUUAUUACUAGCGUGGGCUCCGGUCAUUUGGCCGGAGGAAGGUGAGGUAUGAAAUUUGAUAAUGUAAUGGGGUAUAUAGCUUAUUGUUGUAUAUAUAUAUUUUUUUUUGGAAACACGUGAUAAAAAUAGUAAAUUUUA